AUGUUCUGCAUCUUUGAGUUUAUUUUCACCCCUCUGCCCACCUCUGCGCUGGUGUUCUUGUUCGGGCUGGCUGCAGCCGCCUUGCUUUAUCUGAACACCAGACCCAAGCCUUUACGAUCACCAGUAGAUUUAAACAGGCAGACAGUGGGCGUUGCGGGCGGAGCUAGAAAGAAUGCAAUGCUCAAAGAUGACAACUUGAUUUCCUGUUUGCAUGAAGACGCCAAGACUCUUUAUGAGGUUUUUCAAAGAGGAUUACACGUCUCAGGAAAUGGACCUUGCCUGGGGUACAGAAAACCAGGGAAGCCCUACCAGUGGCUUAAAUACAAACAGGUUUCGGACAGGGCUCAAUAUUUAGGUUCCGGACUUCUCCACAAAGGCCUGGAACCCUCAACGAAAUCCUUCAUUGGCAUCUUGGCUCAGAACCGACCAGAGUGGAUUAUCUCCGAACUGGCCUGCUAUACAUAUUCCAUGGUGGCAGUUCCUCUGUAUGAUACACUUGGUCCUGAGGCUCUUGUCUUCAUCAUUAACAGAGCAAAUCUAUCUACAGUCAUUUGUGACAAGCAGGACAAAGCUGAGAUACUCCUCACUAACUGUGAGAAAGGCCUCACCCCUGUGCUCAAAACUAUCAUUAUUAUGGACCUGUUUGAUGCUGCUCUGACUGAAAGAGCCUCCAAGUGUUCAUUGGAAGUUGUGAGUCUAGUGGACAUGGAGACUCUGGGAAAGGAUCAUCUUCAUAAGCCAGUGCCACCAAAACCAGAAGACUUGAGCAUUGUGUGCUUUACUAGUGGAACUACUGGUGAUCCAAAAGGAGCCAUGUUAACACAUGAAAAUGUAGUUUCAGAUGCCGCUAGUUUUGUGAAAAGCUUUGAGAGUGCCUUCACAGCACUCACCACUGAUGUGUCCAUUUCAUUCCUGCCGCUGGCUCACAUGUUUGAAAGAGUUGUGCAGACAGUGCUGUAUGGUGCCGGAGGACAGGUGGGAUUUUUUCAGGGGGAUAUCAGGCUGCUCCCUGAUGACAUGAAAACCCUGAAGCCUACAGUUUUUCCAGUGGUUCCACGUCUUCUCAAUCGGGUGUAUGACAAGGUUCAGAGUGGGGCCCAGACUCCAUUCAAGAAAUGGCUGCUGAACUUUGCUAUUAAAAUGAAACAUGCAGAGGUGAAGCAGGGCAUCAUCAGAAACAACAGCAUCUGGGACAAGCUCAUCUUUCACAAAGUGCAGGAGUCUCUCGGGGGGAAAGUGAGAGUGUUGGUGACAGGUGCUGCUCCUAUUUCUCCCUCUGUGCUCAGCUUUCUCAGAGCGUGUCUUGGUUGCCAGAUUUUUGAGGCAUACGGCCAAACUGAGUGCACUGCUGGCUGCACUAUCUCUCUGCCUGGAGACUGGACUGCUGGACAUGUUGGUGUACCCGUGCCAUGCAACAUAGUCAAACUAGUGGAUGUUGAGGAGAUGAAUUAUUUUGCAUCUAACAAUGAAGGAGAGGUUUGUAUAAAAGGAAAGAAUGUGUUUUGCGGCUAUUUGAAUGACCCAGAGAGGACAGCAGAGGCCCUCGACAAAGACGGCUGGCUACAUACUGGAGACAUCGGCAAAUGGCUCCCAAGUGGGGUUCUGAAGAUCAUUGACAGAAAGAAGAACAUUUUCAAACUGGCCCAAGGAGAGUACAUUGCUCCUGAAAAGAUUGAAAAUGUUUACAUUCGCUGUGCUUCUGUUGCACAAAUAUUUGUUCAUGGGGACAGUUUGCAGUCUUGUUUAGUGGCUGUAGUGGUACCAGAUGCUGAGGUGCUACCUGGUCUGGCUGAGAAGCUUGGAGUUAAGGGUUCAUUCGAGGAACUGUGUAAAAACCAGCAAAUUAAAAAAGCCAUCCUGACUGACCUCAUCAAGCUGGGAUGUGAAGCAGGACUCAAAUCCUUUGAACAAGUAAAAGAGCUGCACCUCCAUCCUGAACCAUUCAGCAUAGAGAAUGGUUUCCUCACUCCAACACUGAAGGCUAAGAGAGCUGAUCUGAGCAAAUUUUUCAAGCAUGAGAUUGAGAGUCUCUACGCUACACUGCAGUGAUGAUACUAUGAGAACUUCAGGUCAUGGUUUCAGUUCCUGUGUCUUCUCAACCUCUGGAAAAUGUACUCCAUGAACUAUUUAGAUCUCAUCCACAGUUUGGUGAUAAGUGGAUCAGCUUGAAUCUGUCCAUCAGGUCUUGUCUAAAAGUGUAUGAUGCAAAGCUUGAAAAUUUGAAUGUUAUGGAAUUAUGAAGCAUCAUUUCAGUUUGUUAUUUUAUAUUAAAAGACCCACACACUAUAUUAUUGUACAGAGCGAAACGGUUUACUGCGAGA